AUUAUCUACUACGAGUUAUAUUAGCAUGACAUUUCCUCGUAAAGAUAACGAGUGAGUUUUCUGUUUGUAUGUAGAUUGAGUUUAGGAUUAUUCAUGUGGUGUUAAAACAACUUGUUUUUUGUAAGUUAUGCAGAUAUUCGAUAGGAAAAUGCAUCCGCUUAAACCGUACAUCUAUAACCGUGAUAUAUGUGUAUAUGGUUAAUCUAUACAUGGAUACAGUAAAAAAAAGAGACAAAACGAAUAAAUUAAAGAGCCAUAGGACAGUCGGCAGCAAAAACGCCACUGAGGGAUCAAUUGCGUGCAUGAAUAUAGCAUGAAUAAAAGAUGGAAUAAAGCAUUGGAUUUCCAGCGGCACAUCUAAAACUUAUCAUGCACGUGAAAGAGUUGAACUUUAAGGUCAAUUUAACUUAUGGAGAUGAUAGCAUUCAAGAUGAAGGGGUAGACCACUUGUUGCAGCUUAUGUUUAUAUUCUGGGGAGUCAUUAUGCCAAUCAUCGGCGUCAUUGGAGUCUUUGGAAACAUUUUAACCGGAAUUGUUUUAUUCCGACGAGAAAUGAGAUCUACAACAGUCUAUUUCUUGAGAACUUUACUAAUAACGGAUACUGGAAUAAUUGUUGGUGCAAUCAUGGGAGUAUCGGUAAUUUCAAUUACACAGUUGGAUUCUAAAGAAUUGUUAUUCAAUGAUGUGAUUUAUCCACAUAUUUUUACACCAAUAAAUUACUUUGUGAUGGCUCUACAAACGUUAAAUGUUUGGACAACUGUUGCCGUCACCGUGGAACGUUAUAUCGCCAUUUGUUUACCGUUCAAAUCAAUAAAUAUAUGUAAUAGACGUAACGCUUAUAUAAUGAUUGGUAUCACAACACUGUUAUCAGUCGUUUAUAACAUUCCGAGGUGUUUCGCUACAGGAUUUACUACAUGUGGUGACCGUUGUUAUAUGGUAAUAACUACCGAUUUUGGCAAAACCAAGUUUUAUACAACUGUUUAUAGCGAAUGGCUGUACACAGUUCUUAUCUAUGUUAUUCCUCUUCUAACUUUAGGGGUUUUAAAUACUCGACUUAUUAUAGAGUUGAUGCGCAUGCGUAGAAGAAGAAGUGUUACAAAUAGUAAAGAAAACACAGAGUUUAAUUUAAGUAUUGUGCUAGUAAUAAUUGUAGUGGUAUUUAUUAUUUGUCAAACUCCUGGAUUAGUGGCACAAUUUCAUUUUCUGGAUGCAGAAUUUUUGAUGAAAUGGACAUGUGUGAGUAAUACGUUAUUUGUGUUGAAUUCAUCGGUGAAUUUUGCUAUUUACACCGCGGUUGGAAAGAAAUUCAGAACACUUCUUUUAAAAACAUUUAAACAGUGCCUUUGUGGUCUUGGAGUUUCCUCGAACACAGGCAGAGAACUAACUACAUUAACAACAAUAAAAGACACAUAUGAAACGCGCGUAACAACUGAUGAACUGACUGCUUUAAGAAACGAUGAUUUAUAGUUUUAUGUCGGGUACAAGAAACAAUAAGUAUAAAUGUAAUACAUGUAUAUAUGAUAGAAAAACUUCCCCUCUCCAUGUGAUCAUACAUUUUUUCAGAAUUUUAUUGAUACGUAUCCAAAUGUCUUUCAUUAUUUAUACUGUCUGUUUAUUCAGAAUUAUUGCGUCGUUCCUAAAAUUGCUGAAUAUCGCUAUAUUAGGUCCAGAGUAUAGUUGGAACACAAACCAAAAUAUGCCUGUAAUAAAUAAUUUAUCAUUCUA